UCCAACUGCUCAGAUCCUAUUAUUGGUGCUAUACCCAUGUUAUUUAGUAUCUCAGCUAGAAUUUGUAAAAUUAAAAAUGAAUGUUAAUAUUUUCACAAAAUCAAUAUACGCUUUACGGCAAAAUUUGAUAACCCAAUCAUUAUGGCGAUCGUAUGCGAAGCCAGCGUCUGCUGCAAUUGGAGGGAAAAAGAAGAAACUAGGAAAGCUUGGUCCAGUAAUAGAAAAAAAAGAAAUCCCUGUUGAGACCGAUGCUAAUAAACUAGUCAGUUAUGUUUGUGGAAGCAACAUCUUAAAAACCGGUGAGGAUAUUAAGCUUAAAGCUGAUUCGGCAUAUCCUGACUGGUUGUGGUCUGUAAAUGUUGAUCGUAUAAUACCUGUAGAGGAAAUCGACCCAGAAACAAAGCAAUAUUGGCGACGUCUUCGGAAGCAGGGUCUCAGACGGAACAAUCAACUAAGUAAAUUGAAAAAAUUUUAGUUUAAUAUUUGUUAUUCAAUCGUAUUACUUAUACAAAUUGGAAAGAUAAUAAAAUUUAUUAGUACUCUCCUAACAAA